UCAUCAACGCAGUCCAGCUUCGGAAUCAGCGAGUAUACAUUUGCCGAUGUGGGAAACUUGGACCAUUGUGCGAAGUACCUGAAUCAGACGCUCAUUACCUUCGGAUUUCCGGCGUCGCUUGACCUGUUCGCAAAUGAUCCGGUUUCGAUUGCACGCACUUGCAAUUGCGUUUAUGCCCUGUUACAGCAGAGGCAAAGGGAUAUUGAAUUUAGAGAGUCUGCUAAUGAGCAGAGACAAAGACUCUUGUCAGACAUCUCAAGAUUAGAGGCCAAAGUGGAGAGGCUGGAAGCCCAAUUAUCUGCAAAAGAUAGGGAGAUAGCUACAAUGACCCGCACGGAAGCUAAAGCUACUGCAGCUUUUAAGGCCCAAAUUGAGAAGUUACAGCAGGAACGAGAUGAAUUUCAAAGGAUGGUUAUUGGUAAUCAACAAGUAAGAACUCAACAAAUACAUGAGAUGAAGAAAAAAGAAAAAGAGUAUAUAAAGUUGCAGGAGAGACUAAAUCAAGUGCUAAUGGAGAAGAAGAAGGAAUCUAAGUCAGGCAUGGAGAUAAUGAACUUACUCCAGAAAGAAGGUCGACAACGUGGCACAUGGAAUGGGAAGAAGGCCGACAAUGACUUCUAUAAAAAGAUUAUGGAUGCUUAUGAGGCAAAGAAUCAGGAACUAGUGGCAGAGAAUGCUGAUUUAAGGGCAUUAUUACGGUCAAUGCAGGUGGAUAUGCGCGAUUUCUUGAAUGCUCCAAAUGGUUUGUCCAAGCAAUCGUCGCCUGUCAAUGAGAGAUUGGAUGCUGUCGCUUCACAGUCCCCAUUGGGUGGGAGGACGGAUGUUUUUGACCUUCCAUUUCACAUGGCUCGAGAUCAAAUAGAAGAAAGUCUACGGAAUAAAAUGGCUUCGAUAAAGGAGCGCAUGCUUCAGUUACAAGAUGCACAGAAAGGAGCAGAAGUUACUUCUGAAGCAACUGAGAGGGAGCUUGAGCUUGAAGCUCAAUUAGUUGAGGCAAGGAGCAUAAUCCAGGAGCAGGCAUCUAUAAUGUCUAAGCAUCUAGCCAAGUCCGAGAGGCCAAGGUAUUGA